AUGCCUAAGGAAACUCUGAAUGACUAUUCAGCUACAGCCUACUUUGCUAGUUUAGCUUAGAUGUUUUAGUCCUAAUAAGGCAUUACACAAGAUAGAUUGAGUCAUGACGCCCUCGCCUAUUGUUUUUCAGCAGUAUUAUCUAUGCUAGACAUCAGUAUUUUGCAGAAUCAACAUCAAGUCAUUUUCGACAUCAUCAGCAAUAAAAUGCUUGCCAACUCAGUUGAAUCAACAAAUGUAGCCAAGUAUGGUGUCAUUGCACUUCAAUUCUUAUUGCACUCAAAGACAGAGCAGGAGUGGAAUGGCAAUGAUUAAGAGACUGAGAAAGCAUUCUUAUUGCUGUUGAGUUGUUUAGUAGACAAGAGAGGAUCUAAAGUUUAGAAGUAAGCUUAGAAGUCAGUCAGCAUCCUAUUCUAAAAUAAGAAGAUCGAAAGACUAGUCAAACCCAUGAUUGCUUUCCAAAGUUUCGUAGAUUCAGUUUUCAUGUAACAAUUCCAAGCAAAGGGCAAUGCAGUCUCAAAUAAAACGAUAAUUUUAUUGCAUUUCUUGGCUGCUGCUCUAUAGAUAAUGCCAAUCUAGCUAUGUUGCGAUAUUGACAACAAGAUUCUCAGAUUAACAUCAAUGGAAGAUUCAUAUCUGAAAACAAAUGCUUAUCUAACUCUUGAGGUUUUCUAUGCAUCAAGAAGAUUCAAUCAAAAUCAAGAUCACAUUGAGCAAAUCUUGAGGCAACUCUUAGACAACUAAGAAGUGCUUUCAACCAUCUAAAAAUUCAACUAAGAAUAAGAUGAGAUGAGAGUUAUUUCCUACAUCUAAUGUACAUCUCAAGUCAUGGUAAACUUAUCCACUACAUAAGGAGUCAAACCACAAGACAUAUUAAAGUAUGUUAGUGCCUGCUUCAGUAUUUUCUGUGAGUACUUUGUGAAUACAAGUUCUAGAAUCAGAAAUGCUGCCUACUCAGCCUUGAGAAUCAUUUUGACUUAAAGCCUAAAGAAGGAGUACUUCCAGGAUAAGCCACAAAAUAAUGGACUUGCUGCCGAGAUCUUAAGUUUAGAUUCACUAUCGCUGAAUGAAGAAGUGUUGAAUCUCAAGAAGAGCAAUAAAGCACAAGGCAACCAGGGAUUUUCUCAUGCUGAUAAAGUUAUUAUCUAUGUUAGAUACCUUUUAUCUACAAGAUUCGAAGAAGCAUUAGAUGUUGGACUUAAGUUGAUGAAGACCUUCAUUAUUCAAGUCGGCAGUGUUGUUAGCGAAUCAGCUGACUUACUCAAUGUCGUAGCAUAAAUCAGCCCAAGAAAAGAUUCUUACAAGAGUUGGAAAAGUUGUAUUGGUAGCUUUUUAGAAGCAGUAGGAGCUGAGAAAUUCUUCAAAGCUCUUCCACUUAGAAUUCUCGAAGUAGACCUUAAUAGUUUGACUUUUGCCUAAGAUAGCAGAUCCUAUCUGAUCUAAAUCAUUCCUCAGCAUCUUAAGAAUGGAGACCUUGCAUUCUAUGUUCAAUACUUCCUUCCUAUCAUUCUAGGGUUGGAUAGAUAGAUCAAGGCGCUCAAACACCAAAACGGGAGUGACCUAAAGAUCAAGAAACUAGAGGUUUUAAUGAUUCAACUCUGGGAAUUAUUACCUGAGUUCUGUAAGUAUAAUAGCAGUCAGCUAAGUUCUGCUUUUGCUACUCUUAUCUAAUACUUAGAACCAAUGAUCAACAAGAAUGUUUAUUCCCUAAGACCACUAGCCCUCAAAACUUUCUCAACUUUAAUUAUGCACUGUAAAGCUACAACAGUUGUUACAGAGGAAAUAAAGAAGACCAGAUAGGGUCUCAAGAAUAUCAGUCUUGAUUAUAUUACUGGCCUUCAAAAGCUAUACACUGCUUCAGGAGCAGAGCAAAUAGUAGUCCCUCAAGACAAGCAACAGAUCUUAGCUACUCUUCAAGACUUCUCUUCAAUUGCUAUUACUGUCAAGCUCUCCAAUUUGUUCCUUACUGGCUUUGCUGAGUUAGUAAUGAAGUUUAAUGAGUAAUAGAUUCCAGCCGAUAAAUUACUUAAUCAUCUCGAAGUGCUAUUAGCAAUGAUGGAAAAGGUCAAACUUAAGAAAGAGAACUACAUCACUCUCAUGAAAGGUCUCAAGGUCUUUAUUGACAAUGCACAGACUCAGAAGUUUGGUUAUAAACUAUUGGCAAAGAUUAUUGAGAAGUAUGAGAUCGAAAAUAUUAGUGAACUAUUCGAUAUUCAAAACGAGCUUAACCCCUUACUAUAGGGCCAGCCAAGCAAGCAAAGACUUUUCCUUAUCAAGUCUUAUGUUUAGCAGAUGGAUAAAUUCAAGAACGAUCAGGCUAACCUUUAAUAGAUUGGUGACCUACUUAAGUUAAUGAUAGUUGAACUCAUCUAGGCAUUUAGCAACACAAACAAGAAAGUCAAGAGACAGUCAGAGGAUAUCUUCAAGCAAAUAUUUGAGCUGAUUAUGCACAUGAAGGCACUACCUUAACUCUUCUAAAUGCUAUUAGUUGGUUUCGCAGGUACUAAGAUCUAAACACAAAGUGCCACAAUCAGAGCUUUACUACUACUCUUAAAACUGAAUUAUACUCAUAAGGAUAAAAAUGAAAACGCCAUCAGGUUUGAAGACCCUUCAUUCCAAGAGUUCCUCAGAAAGGUCACUAGAAUCAUCGUACUGUUCAUGAAAGAUCAUUAAUCAGGCAAUGAGCUUCACAGGUCAGUGCUUAAAUAUAUCAAGACUAUUGUCUCAUUCUUGGGAGUAGAUUUACUAAAAGGUGAAUUAAGUGAGUAAAUGUUUACUGGUAUCUUUGGAAUCUAAAGUGAUAAGAAACUCUUCAACAAGCAUAACAUGCUUAUCAAAAAGAUUCUUAGCAAAUUCAUUAAGAAGCUUGGUCUCAAUUAUGUCAAGUCAAUCACCCCAGAGCAACAUUAGAAGCUCAUUCUUUAUAUUGAGAGAGAUAGAAGAAAGAGACAGAACAAGUCAAAGAGACAAAGGCUAUUAGCUUUGAUUGGAGCUUCCGAGAAGGAUAAAGAAGCAGAUAAGGAAGGCGCAAUAGGAGAUAUUGAUAUGAAAUCAGAUUCAGAACUUUCAGGAGAGGAACAAGGUUACGAAGAGGAUGAUGGAGAGCAAUCAGAAAAAUACUCUUUGAAUUCAGAUUAGGAAUCAGAGGAUGAAAGUGAUUCAGAAAGCGACGAAGAAGAUCAAGGAGGAGACAAGCUGAUGGCUGAUGAAAUGGACAUCCCUAGAGUUGAUGACAUUCCAGUAGUUAGUAAGCUCGCCAAGGAAAAGAAGGAGAUUCAAUAGAAGUUGCCAAAGGCAGAUUAAAUAAAGAGCAAUAAGGAGAGAAUUACUCAGAUGAUCGAUGCUGAAGCAGAAGAAUUCGAGUCUCACUUUGUUGAAAACCCCUUCAUUAAACUCAGAGAAAAGGCUUUAUCUAAGAACAUUAGCUCUAAGCAACAUUUAGGCAGAGACAAUCUCGACAUGGAUGAGAAGAAACAGGAUAUCUAUAUCAUUAAGGAAUCUGGAAAGUUCGUGAUUAAUGACCUAGAAGAUGAUGAGGAAAAGAAAAUAGCUUAAAAGAAACUAAAGAGAACUAGAUAAGAAGCAUUAGGUACUGAAAAUUUGGACAUGAAUGAGAGCAGCAGUGACGAGGAUGCUGGAGAGCUUAGAAAGAAGUUACAAGGUCUUAGCAAGAAGCAAAAAACUACUACUAAUGCUGCUACUGGGUCUACCACUAAUACCUUUAAUUCUAUCAAGGAUUCAAAGGCAGGCAAUUCAUUGCUUAAGUAGAGGAGAUAAAAGAAAGAGGAUGACGGUGGUCAUAUUACCAAGUACAGUGGUAACACCUAUCAGUCAUCCAAGGGUAAAGGUGAUGUACUAAAGGCAGGCAAGUAUGAGCCAUUCGCUUAUAUCUAGCUUAACCCUAAGAUGCUAAAUAAGAGAAACAAAGAGAAGGCAGUCAAGAGUUUCGAGAAUGUAGUCUCUCACGGAAAAAAGAUUGGAAAGAGAACAGAGAAAAGACAAGAUGGAUUACUAUCUGGAAUGGGCUUCAAAAAAUCUUAAUGA